GUCAUUUCCUCCGAGUUUUACCAGGGAGCUUUCCUGGUGUAACUACGGCGCCAGCGGUUUAAACUUUUGGGGGGUGGGGUGGGUUGGAGAGAGAAACAAAGUUUAAUGUGGGACGGAGCAAUGUGAGGACACGUGCAAGUCAGGGGAAGUGAAGGGAGAAGAACUGCUCCUUCAGUCAGAGAGGUGGGGGGAGAAGCGGUUCACCUCGCGUUGGCUUCCCUUCGGAUUUCCACCGCUCCCUCUCGCCACCUUCCACUUGGGAAGAAAUGGUCGGCGGCGAUGGGACUCUGCCUGGGAUCGGAGAGCAGUGCCGAGGAGCGGCAGGCGCGGCUUCGCAGCGACAAGAUUGACCGCGCUCUCUAUGAAUAUGCCAAGCAAGAGUUGAACGUGGUGAAGAUUUUGCUGCUAGGUGCCGCCGAAAGUGGGAAAAGCACAUUAGUGAAGCAAAUGAAAAUUAUUCACAGUCAUGGAUUCACUGAACAAGAGCUUUUCAGUUUCAAGCCUGCCGUUCUAGACAAUCUCCUCAGCUCGAUGAAGUUCGUGCUACAGGGCAUGGGCAUCCUGCGGAUUAACCUGGCCAACCCCAAGAACACGAUCCACGCGCAGACGGUGCUGUCGUGUGGCCGGUGCUUUGACGAGGAUUCCACGCUCUUUCCGUUCGUCGCUCACGCCCUCCGCUGCCUGUGGGCCGACCCACAGGUGAAACUGGCAGCGUCGCGCGGCUACGAGUUUGAACUGAAUGACUCCGCCCAGUACUUUUUCCUCAACAUGAACCGGAUCACCGCCCCCGAAUACAAACCAACGCAGACGGACAUCCUGAGGGUCCGUCUCCGCACCAGCGGUGUCAUUGAAACCCAGUUCAAGAUCAGCAGCCUGAUCAUCCGACUGUACGACGUUGGGGGACAGCGAACGGAACGGAGGAAGUGGAUCAGUUGCUUCGAGGACGUGAGGGCGGUGCUGUUUGUGGCUGCCUUGAGCGGAUACGACAUGUCGCUGCUGGAGGAGCCAUCCGUGAAUCGGUUGCAGGAGAGUUUAAGGCUUUUUUCCUCCAUCUGCAAUAACAUGUUCUUCAAGAAUACCUCCAUGAUUUUGUUCCUGAACAAGAUUGAUUUGUUUCAAGAGAAGAUCUUGCACUCGGGGAGACACCUCCGACUGUAUUUUGCACAGUACAGAGGUGCCGACUGUGAUGUGGAUUCCGCUGCCCGAUACAUCGCCAGUCAGUUCCUGUCGCUCAACAGAAGCCCGGCCAAGCUGACCUACCACCACUUCACCACGGCCACCGACACGUCCAACAUCCAAGUUGUCUUUCAGGUCGUGAUAGACACCAUUGUAAAGGAGAACCUGGAAGCUGUCUCCCUGCUUUGAUUCACAGACCCGGGAAGGGGGUAGCAAACACCUGCCCACGAGGCCUGUGGUCACCCCACCCCCAACCCCCUGCUCAGGCCUGCUAGACGAGGCAGAAGGUCGAAGGUGAGACCGGUUUCUGAAGUCUCUCAGUUCACCAAAUACACUGUGACAGAGCAAGCCGUGGAAGAGAGAAACGCUGAGGCUCUGGCAUCUCUCUGCUUCAAUCACAUCCCCACCCUCCGGGCCAGGGUGAGUGUGAAAGCUAUGAAGGAUAUUUAAACCCUGCAUCCACUGUCCAAGGAGGGUUCUGUGGAUUCAAUCCAGUCCCAGGGAAGUGAAUACAUUUUUAAAUUCCUUACAAGAGCUCUGACUACCUAACCAUGUUCCUCCAUCGGUAUCAAUUCCAUUCGUCUCAAUUCCUAAGGAUUGGGGCAGGGAUCUGGAGGCAAGGAGGAGGGUCCUUUUGACUUUACAGGUUGAAGUUUCCAAUGAAGUUCCAUCAUAUUCAACAUGAGGAUAAAAUGGACCCUUCCACUGGGACUGGCAGUCCACACCUCAUGGGAGCUGGGCUUCUCUGAUCUGCAGUGUUGUUCUGUACAAUCCCAGGCUCAGGUACCCAAGCUGUGAGCUCCUGCCAAUCCUGAUCGGGACUGCAGUUGCCUCUCCAUCCGUGCUUCUGGUUUUUGCAGGCUGUAGAUUAUUUCCUUUGUAAAAGGAAAGUUUUAUUUUGUUUAAACAUUUAUGGUGAAGCUUUGCAUAUUGAUGUUUUGUUGCCUUAUUGCACUGGUUAUAUAUUCGGAAUAAAGCACAGUUAAAAG